AUGGCAGGCACACUGGCGUCGUCCCAAGUGACGGAUGCUCUCCUCGCACUCGAAGAUGCUCAAGCAAACAAGAAAGUCCAAGGCUACAACGACUUGCUCGACAAGAUCCUCUCACAGUCCGCUGAGCCAUCCGAAAACUUGAUCCAAUACGUCCAAUCCAUUCUCGGCGACUCGGUCGGCAUUGUCACCUCGCGUCCUCUGCUCGCAACCUUUGUCGACAAGCUCGCCUCUCUCCCCGAUGCCGACAUCAAGAUCGCCGUCGGCACCCAAGCUAUCGAAGCUCUCGCUCCCAAAGUCGUUUCCUUCGAGGAACAGGAUAGCGCCAUCAAACUCAUGCUAGCCGACAGCUACGAGCAGAAUGAAGACUUCACCUCGUCCGCAAAGGUCUUACAGCAAAUUACCCUUGACUCAUCACAACGCCACGUUACCGACGACGACAAGGCAAAGAUCUGGAUCCGCAUCACCCGCUGCUACCUAGAAGAAGACGACCCCACAAAUGCCCUCUCCUACCUCAACAGAGUCAAGAAUGUUAUCUACAACGUCCAAGACCAAGCCACAAAACUCCAAUUCCAGCUCUCGCAAGCUCGCAUCUCAGACUCCCAGCGCAACUUCCUCGACGCCUCCAACAGCUACCUGAACCUUUCACUCGAGCCUGUCAUUGAUGAGGAGGAACGUCUACAAGCUCUCUCCGCUGCAAUCAUCUGCGCCGUCCUCGCCCCUGCAGGUCCAAAGCGCGCCCGCCAACUCGCCCGCCUGUACAAGGACGACCGCACGCCACAAUGCGACGAGUUCGCCAUUCUGGAAAACAUCUUUUUGGAUCGUGUGCUCUCGCCCGCAGAAGUCAAGGCCUUCGCCGAGAAACUACAACCCCACCAGAUGGCAAAGACUGCCGAUGGCAGCACCGUCCUCGACAAGGCAGUCCUCGAACACAACCUCCUCGGUGUCUCGAGGCUGUACUCCAAUAUCCCCGUCACAAACCUUGGAACCAUGUUGGGUGUCGAUGCAGACCGUGCCGAAGCUUAUGCUGCACAGAUGAUUGAGCAAGGUCGUCUUUCUGGCUUCAUUGAUCAGAUCGACGGCUUGAUUCACUUCAGCAACGACACUACCAAUGGCGAAGGUGUAAAGACGGGCGGCGCUAGCAUUGGCACCAGAGAAUUGAGAAUGUGGGAUGCCAACGUGCAGGGCCUGGCUGAAGAGGUCGAACGUGUCACCACCAUGAUUCAGACCGCACAUCCCGAGUUCUACGAGUUGAAGAUGGGUGCUUGA